GUCAGUCGAAAAUUGCAUUUUUGCGAAGAAAUUGUAAUUUUUAAGGAGGCCACAAUGUCGACUUUGGAAUAUUCGAAAGCACUGGUUACUCGGACAAGAUCUUCAUGGAAAAACGUCCACAACUGCAAACUGUGCCCCUAUUUUACAACAUCAAUUUUGUGUAUGGUGAACCACGUGAGGCGACAUCGCUCAUCUCUGGAAAAAUUUACAUGCUCCGAAGCCAAAAUCGAAGCGUAUUAUUGUAAAGACUGCGAUUUUAAAUCGACACUAACGAUCGAGUUCAAACAACACAUUAGCAAAAAUCACGGUCUUAAGGAGGAUUUGUCGAGUGAGAACUUCACCAUUCGACACUACGUUUGCGAAAAGUGCGACUUUCGGACAAAUUUCUUGAUAAAGUGGCGUCAACACACUUCAGCAUGCAUAGAAACGAAAAAAAAAUUGACUUGUCUGAACGAGAAAAUCACUGACGAAAUACGUUGGUACCACUGUACGGAAUGCCCUUUCAAAACUAAAGCAAAAAAAAGUGUAAAAAACCACAUGAAUUCAUUUCACUUACAAGGAGACGAUGUUAAAUGGUACGAAUGCAAACAGUGUCCGUUCAGAACUAAGCAUAGAAAAUCUAUGCAGAGGCACCUAGCCGUGAAACAUCUAGACGAAGAAAAAAUUAAAUGGCACGAAUGUGAAAAGUGCCCGUUUAAAUGUAAAGACGCAUCGAAUUUUAAAAAACAUGUAGUGUCUCGACAUUUAUCGGCGGAAGACGUUAAGUGGUACGAGUGUACCAACUGUCUAUACAAAAGUAAAAGAAAAAAUAAUUUGAAAGAGCAUAUAACCCUUCGACAUUUAGAUAUCGACUAUAUGAAAUCGUUUCAGUGUGAAUUGUGUCCGUAUGAGGCUAAGUUGAAACGAUAUUUAACCGAGCACAUGAACAGUCACCACUCAGACGGAAAGAAGUUUAAGUGGUACAAAUGCGACCAGUGUUCUUAUAAAACUAGGUAUGAAACGGCGUUAGAAAUCCAUAUAAAAGUCGUCCAUUUAAAAAAACAAAGUGUGGAAUGGUUGGAAUGCAAGGAGUGUUCGUACAGAGCUAAACACAAUUUGUCUUUACAGAAGCACAUGGUUGUUAAUCAUUCGGGAAAAACGGAGUGGUAUGAAUGUGCGAAGUGUCCGUAUAAAAGUAAUAUAAAAAAUAAUUUAAAAGGGCACGUAAAGGCCCAUUUGGAUAUUAGGUCGUAUCAGUGUGAAUAUUGUCCAUACAGGGCGAAGCGCGGUGGUCAUUUAAAGCGUCAUAUAGAAAACCGGCAUUUGAAUGAAGUGGUAUAAGUGUAUUUAUAACUUUUUAUCUAAUUUUGUCGUUAUUUAUCGAAUAAUAAAAGAUCUGUCAUCGUCUGUCAAAUUCCUGUCAAAAGUUCUACCAACCCAGUCAGUGAAAAACCCUAGACAGCUGCUGUGAACGUGGACAACAUACAAAAAUACCGUCGUUCCCUAACUUUUAACGUUUAUUCCUGAAGGUGUCUCAAUUGGAGUAGAAACAGACACCAACUACAAACAGGAAAGCCCACCCAAAACGAAAAAUUGUAGCAGAAGUUGAAGAAAAAUUUUGAGGUUAUGUCUAUGACAGUUUCAAUUUUUUAACUGGGUUUCAACAAGUUUUGGGCACCCCAAACGUCAAUGGAAUAUUCAGCAGCACGGUCAAGAUCUUCCAGAAAAAUAAUUCAUAACUGUAAACUGUGUCCGUAUUUUACAACAUCACUUUUUCUUAUGAACAACCACGUGAAGCGCCACCGUUCAUCAUUGGAACGUUUCAAAUGUGAAAACGAGAUUGAGCCCUAUUAUUGUAAAGACUGCGAUUUUAAAUCGGAACUAUCGAUUGUGUUCAAACGACACAUCGAUGAAUAUCACGGUUUUAAAAGAGAAUCUGGGGGUGAGGAUUUCCACAUACCAGUCUACGUUUGCGAAAAAUGCGACUUUGAAACGUAUUUGUCAUUAAUGUGGCUUCGGCACACUUCAACCUGCACCGGAAAGCAACUAAAUCAUCAGACAGACGAACCAAGUUGGUAUUACUGUUCAGAAUGUCCCUAUAAAAGUAACGUCAAAAGGAAUUUGAAAAUUCACGUAACAGAGCUCCAUUUAGAUAAACGGUACGCAUGUGACAAGUGUCCCUAUAAAAGUACGCGUAAAGAAUGUCUAAAAAAGCACGUAAAUCGUAUCCAUUUAGACGAUGAAGACGCCGAAUGGUACAAAUGUGACCAAUGCCCGUUUAAAACCAGAGCACGAUGUAAUUUGAAAAACCACAUAAAUGGGUUACACUUGGACGACAAAGAGGUUAGGUGGUACGAAUGCAAACAGUGUCCGUUCAAAAGCAAGUACGAAAAAUCGGUGCGGGCACACAUAACCGCGAAACAUCUAGACGAAGAAAAAGUUAAGUGGUAUCAGUGUGAACAUUGUCCAUUUAAAAGUAAGUGGUUGUUGAAUUUAAAAAAGCACGUAAUUUCGCUGCAUUUGGACGAUAACGAAGUUAAGUGGUACGAGUGUACAGAGUGUUCUUUCAAAGCUAAAUUUCCUGAAAAUCUACGGAAACAUAUACAUUGUGCGCAUUCACAAACGACGAAACUGUUUGAAUGUGCGCAUUGUUCGUAUAAAAGUAAAACGAAAAAGAAUUUUAACAGGCAUGUGAAUGUUCACUUGGAGGUUAAAUCGUUCGAGUGUGAAUAUUGUCCAUAUAAGGGUAAACGCAGCGAGGAUUUAAAGUUUCAUAUGAAUUCCAAACAUUUGGAUGGAGAGGAUGUUAAGUGGUACAAGUGCGAACACUGUCCUUACAAAGCGAAAAAUAAAACAUCGUUUUAUCUACAUAGAAAAAAACAUGUAUAACAACAUUUUGUAUAAUAUGUUUUGUAUUUUGAGUAAAAUUUGAAAAAACA